AACAAACAGAGAAAAACCAGCGACGCAUCAAACCAACAAAUUGACACUUCCGUUUUGCGGCUCUGCUAAUCUGCUGACUGUUUUGCUUUCUCAUUCAGAGCCUUCCUUCCUUCCUUCAGGAACAUCCUUUUUCCUUUUCCUUCCUUCUUUCCUUUCUGACUGAAGUAAAUUGAACCAUCUCUUUCUUCAUACAUGUGGAUCGCAACAGCAGCAGCAGCAGCAGCGGCUUCCUCGUCAAUUUCCCUCGGUCCCUCCAGCUGCCACUAUUGUCCUUCUGAAGGAAUUUGUUGCUCAACAUCAUAUGGAAUAACCGGGAGUUGGACGAAAUCAGUUGCUGGCAUUCAUAGAAUUUCUGCGCAUUCAGGAUUAAGUUUCAGGUGCGACAAUUCUUUCUUUGGAGUUACACUUUGGCUGCCAAAUGGACAUGAGAAUUGCAAUUCAAGGGUUUCAGUUGCCGCUGAUUACUCAGAUUCUCUACCUGAUUCCUCAAGUUAUGGUGGUGAUAAUGGUUAUCACCCACUUGAAGAACUAAGAGAAUGUAGAAGAACUCGAGUUACUAAGCUCACAGAUGCUGAAAUUGCAAGGUCAACUGUUGAGGCUAACAACAGAGCCUUGUUGUUCUUCCCUAGUAUGGUGCACUGUGAACCACAUGAACAAGUCUCUUGGGCUGAUUUUCCGUAUGUUAUCGAUGAAUAUGGAGAUAUAUUUGUUGAGAUCUAUGACAAAGACAAUAUCUUGCAAGAUCCUCAAGCAAGUAACCCUGUGAAUGCUUUAAUUGGAAUGGACAUCUCACAAUAUGAAAACAGAAGGGUAGAUACCUCUGAGUACGGCUUUUUAGAAAAUAAUUAUGGUGAUGACAUAACUUACCUUAAUGAUUACGCUGAGUUUGAAGAUUCUGAGAUGUUGGGUGUACGAGUGGAUUGGGGAAUGCCAGACAGUUCUAGUUGGGUUCAUCCAAUUUAUUUUGCCAAGUGCUUGACGAAGGUUGUUUCAGCGGAACAUGUCAAAAUGAUUGACCAUCCUUCGAAUGGUGUUUCUGUUUGGGGACACCUUAAGCCUGCUUAUGUUGAUGAAGAAUUAUAUCUAAGAAGGCUUUUUGAUGAUGAAAAUAAUGAUUGCAACACUUCAGGCUGGACAGAUGGGGAAGGCUUCAGUUCUAGUGACUAUGGAAGUCAUAAGAGAUCAACCAUCUACAGAUUGGAUAUCAUGAAAAUGGACCUAUUCUCUGUAUAUGGUGAACAGUUGGCUAUCAGUUUAGAAGAUUUUCAGGAUGCUGAGCCUGAUAUUCUUGUACACUCAACAGCAGCACUUGUAGAGCGGUUUGAUGAGCCAGGAGUGAGAUGCAAUUUUGCACUCAAAGCUCUUUGCAAAAAGAAGGGACUUCUUGUUGAGGGGGCAAAUUUGAUUGGAGUCGACAGUCUUGGAAUGGAUGUCAGGGUCUUCUCAGGAUCAGAAGUGUUAACUCAUCGUUUUCCAUUCAAAGUUAGGGCAACAUCAGAGGCUGCUGCAGACAAGCAGAUUCAGCAACUUCUUUUUCCGAGGUCACGUCGAAAAAAACAUAGGACUCUUGAAAAACUUAGGGACACAGAUUCAUUUUGAUUCUUAGGAUGUCAGUUUUUUUUUUUUUGGUAAUAAGCAUCUAUCAAUAAACUUCAGGUGAAAGUAAUAAAAUUUUGCCAAUUUUACUCAGUUAAA